GCGCUGUUCAAUUCUUUUCCCGUUUCCAGGUCGUUCGAAUAUUUCAGUUCAAGUAAAUGGGAGAAUUGUCUUAUGUUGUCGUCAGUGGCACCUCCUCGCAAAUCACUUUCAUCGAGUCGUUCUGCAGAGAUGAAGGAUCUCUUUCGCCACACAAUCACGUCCACCGAGAGGUUGACCAUUGUCCAAUAUAUACUUGAUGCGGAGAACGAUGUCAAAGACUAUCAUGCUGAAAUUAAUAGGCUGCAGACCAUGAUCUGGACAUUGGAGAAUGAGAAAGACGCGUUGAAGAAGUCCAUGGAGCGAUUCCGGUUCUUGUUGUCGCCCGUAUACAAACUACCUCCGGAAAUAUUAAUCAACAUAUUCGACUUUUGCUGCGGUAUGAAUGAUUUGGAAGCGAAGGAGAGCAGCAUGCCCACGGCUCUUACUCUAUCGCGGGUUUGCGGUCGUUGGCGGGAUAUCCUGUUGUCGACGCCUCGACUGUGGACGUCUCUGUCAAUUCAUCUCAAGGGGUGGACGGGGGAUCGAUUGAGGCUUUCUGGGUUGACCAGAAUGUUCAUGAAACGCUCUAAAGAGUUGGGGUUGACGAUUACACUGGACUUCUCGAAUGCCGAUGAACCGUUGGAAGUAUACAUUCCGGCCCUAGAGUCUCUUAUCGCCAAUUCAACUCGAUGGACCGACGUUAAACUCAUCAUACCAGCCUUGGUCAUCAAACAACCAAUGUUCGAAAACAUACGAGGACGUCUGCCGAUGUUAGAACGUUUGUACAUAACGGGUUGUGGUCCAAGCGAUCACACUGAGGACGCUCAUGUCGACCUCUUUGAGGACUGCCCUUCCCUCCAUUCAUUCGCAUACAAAGCUAGCUCUCCUUCGAUAAUCGUCAAUGUGCCAUGGGACCAGAUCAAGACUCUUAAACUGUGCAAUUACUAUUCCACUUUUGCUUUUGACCGCCUGGCGUUGUGUCGCAACGUCGAACAAUUGAAGUUACAUAUCGUUGGUGGAGGUCGGGAGUACAAGAGUCAUGUUAGCUCUGACAUUAGGGAGCUCUACUUGACGGUUCACGAGCAAGUGGACGUGUCGUCUAUUUUCCAGUACUCUACCCUUCGUCAGCUCUCUACCCUUGACAUUCGUGGCCUUUUUGAUGAACCGGACGAAGAAUGGAUAGUAUGGGAGGAAGUACCCAUACGAGCAUUCCUAUAUCGCUCUCAAUGUUCUAUCACUCAUCUCCAUCUUCAGUGGUUACCGAUUGAGGACGGGCAAGCUGUAUCUCUCCUCGAACUCACCCCUACAUUGUCAAGAUUACACAUUGAGGAGUACCGAAAAAACGCCAUAGAGAACAAGAUCAUCACUCCUUACUUCCUCCAGCGUCUGCUGGUAGACCACGGAAGCUCUCGUCACUCUUUCUUACCACAACUUACCGACCUGACGUUAUAUGUCCAUCAUUCUGGACUCGACCCGGACUUCCUACUCAAAGUCGUCACCUCGCGAUGGCUCCCAGACCCCAGUCACUCUGAGGAAGUUGGAGUGCAAUGUCUGAAGGCAUUCUCUCUGGCCAUUAUGGGGAAGGAAGCUUCGGUAGCUGAGAGGUUCGCUGGAUUGUUGUGCUUCCGAGACGCUGGGAUGCGGAUGACUUUAUCCCAGUUGCACAUUUUCUGAUUUUUUGCACUGGACAGGACGGAAUCUCUACAUGUUUUAUGUAUGUUCUCUGAGAAUGUGUCGCCCACGGUCAACCAAACUAGCCCUUAUAAUACUGCCUGGCUAGUAUUACCGGUACCUCAGGUAAAACUGGCUUGCAUCUACUG